CAUGCAUAUAUUUGGUUAUUUAAAGACAACUUAUUAAUAACAGUCUUCAUUUCAAAUAAUAUCCAAAACUAACAUUAUAUGGCUCAUUAAAAAUAUAUAUUUCUUGAAAAGAUUACAUCAUCAUGACAACACCGAAUGAAUCAAGAAAAUUUGAUUUUUCACCAAUUUUUAUCCCACGACCUCCACCACCGGAUUUAUUAUUUCCACAUUUAUGGGGAAUAGAAAAAAAUUGCAAUCAUUCAUUGUCUUCACUAUCUUCUUCAGUUUCCUCUUCUUUGUCAUCCUCAUCUUCAUCAUCAACAUCAUCAUCACCGUCAAUGUCUCUAUGCUCAUUAAUAUCCACAUCAGUUUAUACAACUAAUUCUUCAACAUCUUAUACAUAUUCAAAUCAACAUAAUCCCAUUGCAACUAUAGAUAAUUUAUCAAAUAAAAAGAGGCUAUCUGCAUUUAAUCCAUUACCAAUGAAUUUAAGUACAAAUAUGAAUAUAUUAAAUAAACGAGAAUUUCCUUUCAAUAAUAAUCAAGAGUUUACUUCGAAUCCAUUGACUUCAUAUUGUAAUCCUUUAUGGUUAGAUUAUUAUUAUUAUCAUCAUCGUCGUCGUCAUCAUCAUGAUCUUCAUGAUCCACAGAAUCAUUAUCAUUCACAAUCGAAUUAUCAUUAUGAAUUGAAUAGGCCAACAAAAGUAUUUUUAACUAAUGAUAAUUACAAUGAAUUAACAAUGAUUAAUAAUAAUAGUGGAGAAAAUAAUAAUUCAUUAUACAAUCAUCAAUUAUCAAAUGAUAAUGAACAGAUCUAUUCGAAACUAAAUUUAUGAAACAUUUGAGUGAAGAAAAUAUUAGUACUACUACUACUACUACGACGACGACAACGACAACAACA